AUGGGAUUCCCCGCAUGUUCGCGGUGUAUCCACAAGAACAUCGUUUGUCGAUAUCAAAACACGUUAAACGUGCAAGGUCGGCCACAGGAGCAAGACUCCAUCCCAUUAUUGUCAUCAGCUUCGAUACCAUUACUGGGGUCAAUUACAGACACUUCAUUAUCACUAUGGCCUCCAUACGUGGAUGACUUUGACUUUCAAAACUCAGCGCUCCCGAUAGUAGACAUUCUGUUGCUUGACCAAGGCCUGUAUGACUUUCUGAAUAUUUAUCAACCCGCUCCCCGGGUCCCUCGAUUGUUUCAGCCUAAACAAAGGUCCUUUGGAGAGUCAUCACUCGACCGACAUUAUGUCCUAGUCAGUCUAAGCAGCUACCCAAGAAUGGUGCUUUCGAGAAAGAAAGAUGACAUACCACCGUUUGUACAUGCGAAAUAUCUGGCCACCUCUGACCGAGAAUUUGCUCCAAAACCGCUAGCUCGCUGCGCCGGUAUUGUAGCACUGUGGUCAGUCAAAACCAAGGAUAAUAGCGUUCAUAUAUGGAGAGCAAUUCGAUCUGAGCAGGAACGCAUCUUUGAAGAGUGUCUUGGGUACAACGGUACAGACUUAGUGGCUGCCGCCCAAGCGAUAUGUGUUUAUAAUAUCUUGCGAGUCUUGGAGAAAGAUGACGAUGUGACCGACUUCGAUAUGCCAUUGGUGUUGACAACAUUAAAAGUCGCGAGAUUAAUCGGUUAUCCGAGUGUCGGACAUAGCCAUCACCCUUCAGCACAGAAUUCACAGAAUUCACAGCCAAUAUGGGAGAAUUGGGUCAUAGACGAGUCAGGACGCCGGGCGAUAUAUAUCCUACUUAUAGUGAUGUCGCUCUUCGACAUCUCCCCGGCAAUCGACUAUAACUCUUGCCGCUGCGCAGAGUACCUAUCCCAAAUACCUCUUCCCAGCCCCAAAAAUGUGUGGAAUUCCCGAACAGAAGCAGAAUGGGUCAAAGAGUCAGUUCAGUCAAGCUGUGAUGACCAGCGUCACCAAUCUCUCACAUUUGGCGAUCUGCUGUCGCACCGGAAUGGCAAACAUGAAAUUGAUUGGCAUUCAAAUGACAACCCGACUGUUAGGGAGUCUACGCUAGAUCAUUGGCUCGCCGGCGUUGAUGAUAUGGGAGUUCUUGUCAUGUCGGCAGCGAAAAUCUCGGAGGAUACAUUCUUUGCGAAUUCAUUUUUCAAUUUGAAAGCGAGUCGGUAA